AUGAUCCGCAGGCCUCCCACGACGAUCCCGCUCACGGACCUGGACGUUGCCCAGGUCCGGCUCAUGGUUCAACGCCAGAAGCUGGAGAAGCUCAGAGACCAGGCGAUAGAGGCAGAGAAGAAAGGUCUCAAGCUCGACAUAGAUCAGAUGGGUGAUCUCAUGGCGGGCCCGGCGUACCAUCAUCCUGACGAGUCGAGAAAGAAGCGGGAGGGCAUGACGCGCGAGGAGCGGCUGGGCUUGUCGCGGAUGCGAUGA